AUGGCCGACGAACAGCCGUACCACCACGACAACAACGGUGAAGAUGCCACCGCCUACGACAACAUCAACAACGUCGUCGCGAGCACCACCCACGCCGGCAACAACCGCAUCAACACCGCUGCACAACCAUCAUCAUCAUCAUCCUCAUCACAACAACAACAACCACCACCCCACCACCCCAACACUUCCACCACCACCACCAUCAACCCCAACGGCAAACGCCCCCACAACCCCCCCACCACCACCACCAACCCACCCCCCUCCUCAACCUCAACCUCAACCUCUGCAUCCUCCUCCUCCUCCGCCCCCCGCGAAUUCCAACGCGCCUACAAAGCAUGCGUCCCCUGCCGCAAGCGCAAAGCCCGCUGCGAGGUCGCCGUACCACCUCCCUCCGAAGGCGCCGCCGGCGCCGUGCCGGGCCCGCCGUGCCUGCGCUGCGUGCGCGCGCUGCGCGAGUGCGUCUUCACCGAGGAGCGGGGGUGGAAGAAGCAGAGGCUGAUGGAGGAGGAGGAGAAGAAACGGCGGCGCUGGCGGGGAGCUGGUGAGGGUGGGGGUGGAGGCGAGGUGGAGGUGGUGGUGGGGGAGGAAGGGGGGAGGGGGACGGGGAGGGGGACGAGUCCUUCGGUGCCGGUGCCGGUGCCGGUGCCGCAGCCGCCGAGGGGGGUUGUGCGGGAGCAGCGUUUGCAGCAGCAGUCGGGAGGAGGGGGAGGGGGAGGGGUGGUAGCGACGCAACAGCACCAGCAACAGCACCAGCAGCAGCACCAGCAGCACCAGCAGCACCAGCAGGGCGAUGGGGGGUUGGCGGAUUCGAUGAUGAGGACGGUGGUGGCGAGCGGGAACGAUGCGUUGAAUUUGCUGUUCGAGGCCGCGACGAGGGAGGGCGCGGUGGCGGCGGCGGAGGGUGGUAGGGAGGGGUAUCCGCUGGAUGCUGCUGGGGCAGCGGAGGGUGAGCCUGCCACGUAUGCGACGCCCGGCUCGAACAUGUCCAUCAAUUCGGGGCUGCUGGCGCCCAACGCGGUCCAGUUGUCGGCGGCGUCGGACGAUGUGUUGGAUCUGUGGAAGUGCUGCCGGUUUGUGAGGAUGGGGUGGUUCACGGCGAGGGAGGCGGUGACUUAUGUUGACUUGUUCUUCCAGAAUCUGUCGCCGCUGUCGCCGAUUCUUACGGAAUAUUACGCGGAUCACUCGAAGCAUUACGAGCUCGUCACGAAAGAGCCCUUCCUUUGCUGCACCAUAUUGGCGCUAUCUUCACGCUACCACGUGCUGCCUGGAGUCGGCGGCGCGUCUCGUGGCUACUUCAUCCACCAUCGUCUCUGGGAGCAUUGUCAGCAUCUUAUUCUACGCAUAAUGCUUGGGCAAGAGAAGAGCUCGACAGCGAAGACUCGAACUGUGGGAUCGAUUGAAGGCCUUCUCCUCCUUUCCGAAUGGCACCCGCGCGCUCUUCACUUCCCACCGGCUUCGGAUGGGUGGGAUGCGGGACUUGUCGCCAUCGACCCGAAUGCGGAUGAAGAGCCAACGAGUCCAGAGGGAAUAUCAACCGCAUCCAACCGAUGGCUUGAAGAUGUGAUUGAGCCGGCACGUCGAUCGGACCGUAUGAGCUGGAUGCUUCUUGGGUGCGGCUUAUCCCUCGCCCAUGAGCUUGGCAUAUUCGAACAGGACGAAAGUACGAAGCGGGCAGCGCACUACGAGGAGCGGUUGGAAGCAAAGCGGAAGGCUGCCCGAUAUUCCCGAGCGAGGAAGCUGUUGUAUGUCUUUGUUGAACAGCUUGCUUCCCGCAUCGGCUGCACUUCAAUGAUUCCGCAAAGCCUGAGCCAUACGGUUCUUGGGAGGUCCUUUGCUGGAGAGGUGUUCCCUGGAGCGAACCAUUCGGAAGCGUUUGUGUCUGCAUGGAUCGAGCUUACGAAGCUUGUGAAGUCCGCCUCAGACAUGCUCUUCCCGUCUGCGUCCUUUACAAAGCAGAUCUUACGGAGCGGUCGGUACAUUGGAUUGCUGGAGCACUUCCGGCCUCUCUUGUCUCGAUGGCAUGGCAGGUAUCUUGAUUCACAAAGACUUGGGGACGUGCUGCAAGACAUGCUCGCCAUCGAGUAUCAAUUCGUCCGCAUCUUCAUCAACUCGCUCGGCAUGCAAGCCGUCGUCGAGCGUACCCUCGACGAAGCCGACGACUUCAACGCCACCGCCGACUCACCGCAGCCGAUCCGCCCCCUCUCAGUCGACUCGACCGACUACCACUUCAUCCAAGAAGUCGUCGACGGCAGCUGCGAGAUCCUGCGCAAAGUCAUCAAGCUCGCAGAGGCCCAGCUGCUGCGCUUCGCUCCCGUGCGCAUCUACCUGCACAUCACCACGUCGGCCAUCUACCUGAUCAAGGGGCUCAGCCUGGGCGUCUGGAACACCAAGCUGCCCGCCUCGCUCGACGUCCUCGACCGCGGCAUCCAGGCCCUGCGCUCGGGCACUCUCGACGACAUGCACCUCGCCUCGCGCUUCGCCACGCUUCUCGAGGUCCACGUCGCGCGCCUGCGCCGCAGUUUCGUUGUUUCGUCGCGGCCCCCGCGCCUGGCCACAUCGCGCCCCCCGUCGGCGGAGAGGGCGGCGCCGGGCCCGUCGUUGUCGUCGUCGUCGUCAGCAGGUCAGACGGCUGCUGCUGCUCCUGCUGUUACCGCUGCGGUGACGACGCCUUCGCCGGAGCAGCAGCAGCAGGUUCCGUAUGGCCAGCAGUUUGGUGAGGGAGAGCUCGACGUGCAUGCGUUGGCUACGGAGGCGUCGGAGGAUGACUGGCUCGCGUUGCCGUUUGAUCCCUCCAUGGCGCCGUUUGGAGCGAACGGGUCGGGGAUACAAAAGUUUCCGGGGCUGGAUAACGGGAUGUUGAGUUUUUUGUGGAACUUGCCUUCGUGA